GCAAAGAAAUAUGGGAAUGUUUGGCUCGUUUACAUGGGCUAGCAUAACAGACCAGUGUUGUAGCAUGAAAAUAAUAAAAAAAAAAUAGCGUGAUAACAGAAUACAAUCCUACAAAAUGCAGCGGGCUAAAGAAAACAUUGUCGGACCAUACCGCCUUAAACUAAAUCAUAAUGCAAAGACGAGGUAUGACGAAAAAAUAAAGGGAAUCAAAGGACUGGAUCCUUAUGAGCAUAGCGACUGGUCAGGGAACGUCAACCUGCUGCCCAACUUCCAGCACCCAUAUAUAUACAACUACAUGAUAUUAAGUGUUAGUGCGUACACGCACAAAGUUUUCAGUAACUUCAAGUCGCUGCAGCAGGCCCAGGUCUUUUUUACAGAUGGGUGGGUCCAGGACCUGGAGAUGGUAAAAGUGGGGCAGAAAACUGUCGUCCGUUCAAAGGUGAAUCACUCCAUGCGACUCAGCCAGAAGCCCCUACAGCCAUGGGUCAUACUUACAGCAUGUGGGGAAGUGGAGAGCGCUCACUGCACUUGUAUGGCUGGUGUGGCAGAGAAGUGCGCACAUGUGGCAGCCCUCCUGUACAAGAUCGAUACAACUGUGCGUCUGCGGGGAAAUGUGACUCCAACAGAUGUUGAAGCGUACUGGGUGAUGCCCUCCAAUAUAACCAAAGUGCAGGGAGUGCCUGGCCAUACUAUUGACUUUACAACAAGCUCUGCCCGAAAAAAGGCACUUGAUCGGUCAGUGUGUGGAGACACCAGCACAGCACCCAAGAUCCGGACCCGCUCAGGUGGCACAUGUUUACCGCAGAAGACACUUGCUGAUUUAAAACCCCUCACAGAACUCAUGCAUGCACACAGGUCCGGACUGUGCUCUGUAAUGGAGGAAUUCUGCCACCUCUAUGUUGACCCCAUUCAGCCAUGUGUCCUGCCCAAGUCACUGCAAGGCCUUCGCGACCCACAAAUGGAUGGCUGUGACUUGUCGGUCCUGCUUCAACACUGUGAGGGCCUGACACACCUUGUGGCAGUGACAGCCACAGAGGCAGCUGCACUGGAAAAGAACACAAGACAGCAGCACAAGUCUGACAUAUGGCACAGCACACGGGCUGGAAGGAUAACCGCCUCCAUCAUACACGCUGUUGUCUCCACCUCCAUAACCAGACCAGCAAAGUCAACUGUGCAAAAGGUGUGCUAUCCACAGAAACCUUCACUGAGACAGACUGACAAUGGCCCAGAGGCCAUUAAAUGGGGGAGAGAAAAAGAGGCUACGGCAAGGGCCUCCUCAUCACACAGACGGAGCUGCGGCACAGGGACAUGA